CCACAACACUCCAACCAAGCAAUUCUGCCCCUGUCACACACCCAUAGACCGCUCUUGUGCGCAGCGUUGACGACUGACGCCUAAACCUCUCAGGCCCAACAUUCUCCUCAGGUCUGCUUAUCAGAUCGGACAACCGCGGGGUUGAAAUUCAAAAGGGUCCGCACCACCAUCACCAUCAUAAAAUUCCUCGACAUUGCUCCAGUAGCAGCACCCUUUGUGCCCAUUUCUCCAGAAUGGAAGAUCCUCGUCCUGACUAUAAAGCGAUCUUCACCCAGAUCACCGUGAAUCUCUCCAACACACUGACUACAUUCGGUCCCCGUUCACCACAAUACAAGUGUGUUGUGGAGAUGCUCAAGGAGUUUAUGAGACGUGUGGAGAAGGAUAUGAAUGAGCGCAAUCGUCGCGAGCUUGAUCCGGAUAUGUUGAGCACUGCUAUGGAAUUCUUGAAGAUUGGGGAGGAGAGAUGACUUGGACUAUGAGGUGGGGAUGGAGGGGCUGGAUUUCUGAUUAUUUAAUUUGCAUUCUAACGACCUCUUGACGCGAGUCCCUGUAUGCGGAGAGUCUAUGUCUUGACAAGCGUACUGUAUGGCUGUUUUAUGUAUUAUGCUACGAUGUUCUACGAAUACCCUACAAAAUCUGAAUGUGUUGG